CUGAAUGUUUUUACUAAAGUUCAAGUAUGGAAUGGUUAAUGUCUUUUAUCUCGCUGCAUCAAUGCCUAUCCCACCCAAAUUUUGCUCUCCCCUUAAUGAUGAUGUAAACGGUUUCGCAAUUUUUGUACGCACAUUAACGUAAAAUGUGACGUGCCAACUAUCCUUUAUGCUUUAGAUAUGGAAUGGUAUUGUCUUCUAUCUCGCUGUACUUAUCCCUAUCACACCCACGUUUGGCUGUCUCCCCUGCUCUGACUCUAUGGAAUGACACAUGAACGGAAAAUGAAACGAACCAACUAUCUUAAUGCUUUGGCUAAAGUUGGAGUAUGGAAUCGUAAUGUCUUCUAUAUCACUGCACCUAUCCCUAUUACGCCCAAAUUUGGCUGUCUCCCCUAUAUCAACGAUUUGUGGACACAUGAGCGGAAAAAGAGACAGCGCAACUAUCCUUGACUAAAGUUGGAGUAUGGAAUGAUGAGGGUGUCAACGAUUUGGCAUUUUCUGUGGGAAAAAGAGACAGCAUAACUAUCCUUAAUACUAUGACUAAAGUUGGAGUAUGGAAUGCUAUCUCUCUACAUCGACGCCUAUCUCGUCCAAAUUUUGCUGUCUCCCAAAUGAUACUAUUGUCUUCUAUCCCUCUGGACCGAGCCUAUCUCGCCCAAAUUUGGCUGUCUCCUCUAUGUAAUGGUGUCAACAAUUUUUUGUGGGCACAUGAGCGGAAAAAGAGAUAGCCCAACUAUCCUUAAUGCUCUGACUAAAGUUGUAGUAUGGAAUGGAGAGUUGAGUUGGCGAUACCAGUCUUGUAUAAACUUAAGCUGCUUCAUGACUUCAUUCACAUGAUGUGUAGUAUGAUCAGUGCCGGCCAUGUUAAACAAACCUGCUGUGUGUCGUAUAGUCGUUUUGUUCUUGUGAGCCAAAAGUUUUUACCAUUUUCCAACA